CAGCAGUCUGUCACUCUAAUGGAAUAAAAUGUCUUUAUAUUCAACUCUCUCUGUUCGUGUGCGUUGUUAAUAUUUGAACAUUCUAGAAAUUGAACAAACAAAUACUACGAUAUCAAUAUCCUUAUAAUUAGUAUUUGUAUAUUUUGGAAGAAAAAACAAAGGAGGAGGCAAGAAAAGCUAGAAAAGCAUUUGAGUGGCAUGAUACUUUUAGGCUGGAAACUGAGACCACCAACCCCACCUGUUAACAGUCAUCCAUGUAUCCUAUACUCGUAGCGAUCGGGCUCUGAUAUAUAAACAUAUAUAUAGUAAAGGUAGGAUAGAAGGCUAAGAGGAUCCAUUGCUUUGCUUUUUCCUGAAGAUCAUCUCAAAGCUAGCUGUUUUUCCUUUCUGGGUUCUUAAGAUCUCAACUGGAUUCAAUCUUCUGUAUGCUACUCCUUCCAAAUGGGUUCAUCGGAUCGUUUGUUUAACAGGCAAAGAAGUGUCCAUGAGAUUCUUGGAGGAGGUCUUGGUAUUUGCAGAUGUGAUACUAUGGAAGCGGAAGAAUGUGACCGUGAGAAUAUUAUUAGUAACCCUUGCUGCUUGGCUAGUGUUUGAGAGAUCUGGUUAUACUCUGUUGUCGCUUGUCUCAAGUGUUUUCUUGCUUCUCGUUGCCAUUCUCUUUCUUUGGGCCAAAUCCGCAGCGAUUCUCAACAGACCUCCUCCACCUCUACCAGAAUUGCAUCUGUCAGAAGAAAUGGCAAAUGAAGUGGCAACUUUCUUCCGCCUGCAUAUCAAUACUUUACUCUCAGUUUCCCAUGAUAUUGCCCUGGGCAAGGAUUCAAAGUUGUUCUUCAAAGUAGCUGUAUAUCUGUGGCUGAUUUAUUUUCUUGGCGGCUUGACUGAUUUCCUUACCUUGGGCUACACCAGCAUUGUAGUCAUUCUUACAAUUCCAGCACUCUAUGAAAGGUUUGAAUAUCAUAUAGAUAAAUGUGUCAUAGCGGCAUACAGGAAAUUGCAGCAAUUAUAUGUGAAAUUAGAUGGGGAGUAUAUCAGCAGACUCCAGAAAUGGAUUUUGGAGCAGAAAAAGUUGAGCUGAUUCUUUUUUUCUUUUUUUUCUUUUCUUUUUCUGCUGGGUCAUGGGAGUGCUAAGGGUGUGGUAGGGGUGUGGGAGAUUGUAAAUUUUUGUUCUCUUUUUGUUUUUUGUUUUUUUUUUUUCCCAAAAUGAUUUCUUCCCUUGCAUAUUUAUUUUAAUGGCAGAGAUUUUAGAUUCUGACUAAAGAAUUGAUAUGAAACAUUGAAAAACUAUUUUGAUACAUGUUGUCUAAUCUUAUCUUGAGAACCAUUUUACACAA